UGAGUCGGGCGGGGGGCGGGGGGAGAGAGAGCCGGAGCUCGGUACGCGCAGGGCGGCCGGAGCAGCAUGGCGGAAGACGACAGCGACCAGGAGUCGGAGCGGCUCGGCGAGGAACUCGAGGCCAUAGGUGGGCCGCGCCUUCCCCCCGGCCUGUCCCCCGCGCUGGGCAGCCGGUAUUACUGCUACCGCUUCUGCCAGGUUGUUGAAGACUAUGCUGGAAGAUGGCAAGUUCCUUUACCGCAGCUUCAAGUGCUUCAGACAGCACUCUGUUGUUUCACAUCUGCAUGUGUCUCAUUCCCACCUGAAUGUGAACACGUACAGUAUGUGUUGAGUAGCCUAGCCUUGAGUUUUUUUGAGUUGCUGCUAUUCUUUGGAAAGGAUGAGUUCUAUGAAGAUCCUUUAAAAGACAUUCUGGGAUCAAUUCAGGAAUGUCAGAACCUCUUAAAUAGAUAUGGAAAUGUUAACUUGGAGUUGGUGACUCGAAUUAUCAGAGAUGGAGGACCUUGGGAAGAUCCAGUUUUACAAGCUAUUCUUAAAGGAAAGCCGGUUUCUCAGGAGCUAGUUAUCAAAUACUUAAGUUCUGAAAAUCCACUCUUCUUUGAAUUGCGUGCCAGAUACCUUAUCGCCUGCGAACGCAUCCCAGAGGCAAUGUCUCUCAUCAAAUCUUGCAUGAGUCAUCCAGAAAUUAGCAAAGACCUAUAUUUCCAUCAAGCAUUUUUCAUGUGUCUUUCUAUGUCAUCACUGGAAGAUCAGCUAUUCCAAGAGCAGUUGCUAAAAACCGACUGUAUGGAUGGUGUUGAAAUCAUCUGCAACAUUGCAAAAGAAGGGAAGACCGCCUUAGCCUUGUGUCUUUGUGAGUCAUUCCUUAUUCCACAUCUCGAAAAAGGAGAUAUGUAUUGCAUCUGGGAGCUGAUCUUUAUUUGGAGCAAACUACAACUUAAAUCUAAUCCAUCGAAACAAGCAUUUGUAGAUCAGUGCUACCAUCUUCUAAGAAUAGCUACAAAUAUAAGAGUUAUUUUCCCUUUCAUGAAAGUUAUUAAAGAUGAAGUUGGAAAGGAUGGUUUGCAGAUUUGCGUUGAGAUAUGUGGAAGUGCUCUCCAGCUGGAUCUCCGUGAUGAUCCAAAAGUGAAGUGUUUAAUAUACAAAACUAUUGCUCACUUUUUGCCAAAUGAUCUGGAGAUCGUCAGAAUAUGUGCUCUUUCCAUUUUUUUUCUUGAGUGCAGCUUGGAAUCCUAUCAUACUGUUGAACAUCUAUAUAAAUGUGCAGAUGAAGAAUACAAUGAACAAAUCAGUUCUGUUCAGAAUCGUGUGCGUUUUGAGUUGCUUCCAAUUUUGAAAAAGGGUUUAUUUUUUGAUCCUGAGUUCUGGAAUUUCUUGAUGAUCAAGCAGAACUGUUUAGCAUUACUAAGGGACAAAGCCUCAAUUAACUCAAAUGAAAGUACACUGGGACAUUCUUCUGCUAGUACACAGAAGUUGCCACGUCGAACGUUACGUAGUGAUCAUUCUUGUCUAGCAGAUGUAAGCAAUGGAGAACUAGGCCGUGAAGACCCUUCUGGAGCACAGUCCAUAUGUCAUGGUAAUUCCAGAAAGAACCACGUAGAUCUUGGAACACCCAAAAUAGAUCACAAUGUACCUAGGCACCGCUGUGUGCUAUGCAACAGGGAAUUUCUUGGAGGUCAUAUUGUGAGGCAUGCACAGGCUCACCAGAAAAAGGGCAGUUUUUCAUGUGUAAUGUGCCGUCGAAAAUUCAGGCAAAAAGGAGUAAUGCUUAAGCACUUAAAGAAUCACAUCAAGAAGAUGACAAAGCAUCAGCUUGCUUUAACGGGUCAUGAUCAAAAAUCCUCUGAUGUAAAUGAAGUAAACUGCUCUAGUGGAGAUGUUCCUCUUGAAAAUGGGAACCUGGAGAACUCUAAAGAUAACAAAAUGGAGGUUAUCAUUCCAAGUACUGAUCAGGAGACACAGAAUGCUGAAUUCCCUCUGGCAGUGACUGCAAAUCAUGUUAGCAACCAGGAUACCAUUAUUGAAAAUGGUAGUUGUGACAGCUGUUCAAAUAACACUCCUGAGCCAGAAACUACAGAAGGAUUGCCAGAAAGUGAUGGCAGCUUGAGUAAAGAGUUCCCCAUACUUCAUAGAAUAAAUGGUGUAGUAUGCACUCAAAAUGACCUGAACAUUAUGGACCAAGCAGGCAACUUCAAGUGUCCUGCAAGUGGCUGCACUAGAGUCUUUAAACAGAUUAGGUUUCUGAAUAAGCAUGCACGGAAAGCUCAUCCCACUGAUCUGAAUGUGCAAGAGCAUAUAAUGAAGUCAAAUAAAGGAAAAUGUCGGUUUUGUCAGAGAAAAUUUUUAGAUUGCCAACAUUUUAUUGAUCAUCUAAAGCAACAUGUAUAUCCGAAUGUACACUUUUGUUUACAUUUUAAUUGUAAUCAGAGAUUUAAGCUGUCCACUGAGCUUGCAGAGCAUAUGAAAAGUCACAGUGAGUUUAAAGCUCAGUGCAAUUUUGCAGAGUGCUGUGAGCUUUUUGAGGACCUUUCAUUGCUGUUUGAGCAUGAAGCUCGACAUUAUUCAAACAAAACUGAUCAGCCUGAAGAGGUCAAUGAAAAUAAUUCUUCAGUUAUUGUUUUGGAAUCCCAGAGCAGCAUCCAAGAAAAAGCAAAGAACAGUAAUGAAAAAGAGGCUGCAAUAGACUUGCCCAUUCCAACUUGGAAAGCAAGGAAAGAUUCUACAGAACCAAAGACUUAUAUCCAGAGCGAGAAAAAAAUAAAUAGUCUAAUACAGAAUGGGAAUGAAAAUGCGUGUGAUGAUCCUGCUACAGUUGUAAACUUGAUAGACCAAAAGAUACCUGUGAUAGAGCCAAAUUCUGAGAACUGUGACGUUAGCAACCAGUUAGUCAAUGGGCAUAGUGAACUGGAACACGCUUCUUCAGACAGUGUUUUGGAAAAAGUUACUGACAACACAAGGACAGAAAAUGGGUCCACUCUGCCAGUUUUACACAUCUGUAAUGAUAUACUACAAAAUAGUAUUGCUACAGUCUCUCAGUCACCUUCCAAACCAAAUCAGAUAACGGAAAACACUUCAUAUGGAUUAAUUUUAACAAAACCAUACAUUAGACCAUUGCCUCCAAGUUACCUUGAUGAACGGUACAUUAGCAUGCCAAAACGUAGAAAAACUUUGACAGACAAAGUAGACACUUAUUUAGAGCAAGAUAAAAUUUGUAGCAAGUCAGAGAGAUUAAGAUGCAGCAAAUGCUUGACCACCUACUGUAAUUCGGAAGCACUUCAGCUUCACCUAGCACAAAAGAAGUGUCAGACGCUCUUUGGAUUCGAUUCAGAUGAUGAAAGUGCCUGAUCUAAUUUUGUGAGGUCUUCUCAGUUUGAGGAGUGCUGUGGUGGAACACUACAAUAUUUUGCAUCAGUUUGCUUUUUUCUUCUUGGCCUUAAUUAUAAAGAAGUCUGAAGUCACUAAAGAAAAUCAUGACCUUGCUCAGUCAAAGCACACUUGAGUCAGAACUAAGUUGUAGUAGGAUCUGUGCAGAAUUCGAGUCCAGAAAAAACUGUUAUAAAGCCCCAAAGUACCAGUUAUCCAGAAGCCACAAGUACCAUAUGAAGCCCAGUGUAACAUCAUGGUGCAGCGGUAAACUGUAUGGUU